CUUUUUACUCGUCCAUUACCAUGCAUCAGCGAAACUAUCCUGGAUCAGCUAGCUUGUUCCACGAUCUUGGAAAAAAGAUGAUGGUGUGUCUUCAUGGUGGACGAGUUUAUUUUGGAUUCCUGCGUAUUAUCGAUCAGUUUGGGAACGUUGUUCUCCAUCAAGCUUUUGAACGAAUUCAUGUGGACAAAAAGUUUUGUGACAUCCCUCAAGGGAUUUUGAUGAUCCGUGGAGAAAACAUCAUUCUCAUCGGAGAAGUGGAUGAGAACUGUAACAUCGAGGAGCAGUUGGAGCUGGUAUCGGAGAAAGAAAUUUACGCCCUACAGGCCGAGAGGACAGCUGCCCGGAAAGCUUUGUCAAAGAGACGAGCACAAUUAUUUGCCGCUCGUGGACUGGGUUUACCGGAUCCCUCGGAUUUACUCUGUAACACCCUUCCGGUGUCUAGCUGCCAUGCCACCCGAGGGACACACGAGGGCUGGGAUACUGCCAGGUUGCCCAAGCCUAGACAGGGGAAUUCGAGAGGCAGAGACCAAAGACCUCCGGUCAGUAAAUUUGCACUCCAACCACUGGACCAUCCUGUACCCUUGAGCCAUCUCGCCCUCAAGGACUCAGCUAAUCGGAUUAAAUUUAAGAAAAGCGAAACCACUGGUGGACUAUCGAAGAGUUGUCGGCAAACCUAUAUGUAG